GCUGACAGUAUCAGCUACUUCCUGCUGCCAGCUGCCGAGUUUUUCGCUGAACCCCUACUGCUGAACGUUUCCGAAGUGCACACGGCGUGACAACGGCCAAGAAACGGUCCAAGAACUUUAAACUUUCCGUUUGAAAGUGCAGCAGAGGCAAAAUCCAUAAAGAGAUAAAAAACAUUGAGAAAUGGAAAACAUAAAAUCAGGAAGUGAUACAGAGACACGCCAAGCAGAUCCACCAAAAACGACUUUGUUCAGUGAAGAGCCAGAUGGCUUACAUUACAGAAUCCCAGCUAUAAUCUACAUUGAUGAUUCACAAACCUUUCUUGCUUUUGCUGAGAAAAGAACAUCAGCAAGUGAUCAUGAUGCCACUCUCCUGUACAUGAGGAGGGGAACACGGAGGAAUGGAUCCAUUCAGUGGUCACCUGUUCAGGAACUUGACACUGCUUGUUUGCCUGGACAUCGCACUAUGAACCCGUGUCCGGUCUAUGAGAAAGAGUCUAAGACUCUCUUUCUGUUCUUUAUCUGUGUGGUGGGAAAUAUCACUGAACAUCACCAGAUUCACACUGGUAAGAACAAGGCUCGGUUGUGUUACAGCACAAGCAAGGACAGUGGGCAGAAUUGGAGCAGCACAGUAGACUUGACGGAAAGUGUAAUUGGACAUGAAAUUAGAAAUUGGGCCACGUUUGCUGUUGGACCUGGUCACGGCAUUCAGAUGAAGAAUGGUAGACUCAUCAUUCCUGCUUAUGUCUAUUACAAGUGCAAGAAUGAUCACGGUCACCAACCACAUACAAUGUCCCAGGCUUUUACAUUUUAUAGUGAUGAUUGUGGGAGCACGUGGCACUUCGGAGAUCGAAUAAGCACAGAAUCUUGUGAGUGUAUAAUAGCAGAGAUCAUUGACCAAGAGGGCAAGAGUCACUUGUACUGCAAUGCAAGAAGCACUAAAGGUCAAAGAGUUGAGGCUUUGAGCAAGAGUAGUGGAGUGGAUUUUGAUCCACCUCAUUUUCAACAGAACCUGGUAGAAUGUGGUCAUGGCUGCCAGGGUAGUGUGUUGAGUAUCACUGUACCUAAGGAACAAAAGAACUUGACUUCAGAUACUGAGAGCUGGCUCCUUUAUUCUCAUCCAACUGACAAAAAGAAAAGAAAGGAUCUUGGGGUUUAUAUGAAUAAAUCUCCUCUUAGUGCCUCUGGUUGGAGUAAACCAUGGAUCAUUUAUCAUGGCCCCAGUGGAUAUUCAGAUCUGACUCCAUGUGAGGAGCCUGAUCGCUUUGCUUGCCUCAUGGAGUGUGGAAAGAAGAGUGAACUUGAAGAAAUAGCCUUUGUGGAGUUUUCCCUCAGUGAUAUCCUGAACAGUCAGUAGCUAUAUUUACAUGAAUGGUAUUAUUCUAAAUGCUAAAUAAGAAGCACCUAAAUUAGAAUAAAAUUACUAUCUUGGUUAAAUUCAGUUUGUGUAGCACUUAUAAUAGUAGAAAAAACAGCUUUACAGAAAUCCUGAUAACGAUGUCCAUCCCUAAUGAGUAAGCUACUGGUGAUACUGAACUCAUUGCAAUGUUUUUUAAACCAGUUUGAGAUGAUGUUUGCUUGAUGUGAGCAUUUUUUUAAAUUAACACCUGUACAGAUUCAGUCAGUCAGUCAGUCAGUCAGUCAGUCAGUCAGUCAGUCAGUCAGUCAGCAGAAGUACAAUGCAUAAAAUCAUGCAGCUUCAGGUAAUGUAGUGUAAUGUAAAGUUUACAUCAACCAUUAGAAUAAGAUUAAAAUUUUUGUGGAUUUUGUCUGUUGAAUAAUUGUCAGUGCCAGGGGUUUUUGGGGGUUUUCCACACAUACCAUUCUGUAGAGUUUAUGUAGACUUGUGCAACAAAGAAAAAACAUCCAGUCAGCAGGAAUACUGCAAAUGGAAAGUUCAGUGUAUCUCUAUUUCUGCUGAGGCACACAGAUGGUAGGGUCAGAAUCUGCACCAACAGUAUGAAACCAUGGCUGUAGCCUGCUUUGUGUCAACAGUCCAGGAUGGUGGAGGCGGUGUUUUCUUGCCACACUUUGGGCCUGUUCAAACAAAUCAAUCAUCACUUAAAUUUCACAGACUGUUGAGUAUUGAGUACUGUUUCUGACUUUUGUGUGCAUCAAGUUGUGGGCCACAAUUUACCCAUGUCCUAUCUGACUACAUUCAACAUGACAAUGGACCAUGUCACAAAGCAAAUGCCAUUUCAAACUGGCUUCAUGAACACGACAAUGAGAUCAGUGCUCUCCAGUGGCUUUCUAAUUCACCAGAACGUAAUCUAUUAGAACAAGUGUGGCAUGUGGUAGCAUGGGAGAUUUACAGCAUGAAGGUGCACCAGAAAAAUCAUGCCAACCUGGACCAGAAUCUCAAAGGAAGGUUUCCAUCAUCUUGUGCCAUAAAUAUUUUAUAUUUCUUAUCAUAUUAUGAUGCUUCCUAGGUAUGAUAUAUUGUAUCUGAUCUUGUGAUUAUAAUUAUAUUAAUAAAUAUAAAUAACAGUAGUACUGAUCUUAUCUUAAUGCUUCUUAGUAUUAUGUUUUAUGAGAGCGUCUUCUAUCUUAUAAUUAAGGGAGUGCUAUGGUUGCAUUUCAGUAUAUUUUUCCACUAUAUUACUUAUUCACGAUUUAUUAUAUUCCAAAUGGCAGAACUACGAUUACAUAAUGGCUCACGGAGACUCAUGCCAAUGUGAAAUCUUUUAAAUGAAUUUUGAGUGAUUUUUUAAAUAAAUCUUUUUCUUUUAUUUGGUAGAUGUGUAACUGAUUGCAUUCAUUUUUUAAAUAAAUCCCACAAUGUUUAUAUCA